CUUACAGACCGCCCACCCACCUCUGCUCACUCCAGGAACGCAGGACUUCCAGACCACAUCCGGCCACCAUGAGUUCCCUCGGUGAAGCAAUCAUCCACCUUGCAAUCGAUCUGUUCCACCAGAUCAGAAAAUCAGAGAAGGAAAACAUCUUCCUGUCCCCUUUCAGUAUCUCGUCAGCCUUAGCCAUGACUUACUUAGGGGCCCGAGAAAACACCGCAUCAGAAAUGCAGAAGGUCCUUCACUUCAGUGAAAUCACAGCCAACACAAAAGGAGGGGCCACAAAAGAUCCCGUUGAAAAGCCAGGAAAUGUUCAUCAUCACUUUCAAAAGCUUCUGAUGGAAUUAAAGAAAUCCACUGAUGCCUAUGAGCUGAGUGUCGCCAACAGGCUCUAUGGAAGAAAAGAUUUUCCAUUUCUCCAGGAAUACAUGGAUAAUGUUCAAAAAUACUACCUGGCCAGCGUGGAAUCUGCCGAUUUUGUCAGUGCUGCAGAGGAAAGUCGAAAGAUGAUUAACUCCUGGGUGGAGAGCCAAACCAAUGGAAGAAUCAAGGAUCUGUUUUCCCAAAACUCUCUCAGUGGCUCUGUUCUGGUUCUGGUGAACGCCAUCUAUUUCAAAGGGCAGUGGCAAGAGGAAUUUAAGAAAGAAAAUACUGUGGAGGAAAAAUUUUGGCUGAACAAGGAUACAAGCAAACCUGUGCAGAUGAUGAAACAAACCAAUCAUUUCAAUUUCGUGUCACUGGAGGAUGUGCAAGCCAAGAUCCUGGAAAUACCGUACAAAGGCGAAGAACUAAGCAUGAUGGUGCUGCUGCCCAAUGAAGUAGAUGGUCUGCAGGAGGUUGAAGACCAGCUCUCUGCUGAGAAGUUAAUAGAGUGGACGAGCCCACAGAAUAUGGGGAAGAGACAAGUGGAUUUAUACCUGCCUCAGUUUAAAGUGGAAGAGAGAUAUGACCUCAUACCCACACUGAAAGCCCUGGGGAUGGUGGACGCCUUCAAUGGCGUGGUCGCCGACUUCUCGGGCAUGACUGGGAGACGUGAUCUGGUGGUGUCGACGGUCGUCCACAAGUCCUUUGUGGAGGUGACCGAGGAGGGCACAGAGGCUGCGGCUGCUACCGGUGUAAGCCACAUUCGUAUCACAUCAUUACCAUUUCAUGAGAGUUUCCGCUGCGAUCACCCUUUCCUGUUCCUCAUCAAGCACAUCAAGACCAACAGCAUCCUCUUCUGUGGCCGAGUCUCUUCCCCUUAGACGUCCUUGGCCAGCGGUCACACUCGGGGACAUUCCGAGAGCUGUUCCCAGAGCUUGAAUGCUGGUGUAACAAUCUCCCUUGGAUUUAUUUUCCUUUGCAAACUUAUAGUCACCACUGAGAAUGUAUUGGAUAAAAUAUUAUGUUUGUCUGUCUCUCUCUUUCUACAAACACAUGUAACCUACUUUACUCCCCAUAAAAAUUCCUCCUUGGACAAAAUGUUCACUAUAUUUUAAAAACUUAUUUCCAUACUCUAUCUUCUUCUAACUUUGAAAUAUCAUAGCUCCUACUUCAAAAGUUAUAUUUACUUUUCAAACCUAGACAUUCACAUUUAUUUGAGUUCAGGUGGUAUGUGGGACCCUUACAUGUCUAAAUUUUUUAAUUGUCUGAAAUGCAUUAUCAAUAAAACCAUGGCUUGUUCAUGUC